CAGCGGCCACCUCCUCGAGUCUGGCGGCCGCUUCCCCUCGUCUGGUCUCUGGCACGGCACACUUCCCUCCCCCGAGGUGUCCGUUUAAGGCGUCCGGCUUCCUUAGCGGCCUCCCGCCCCGUCGGGUCGUCGGUCUUUGUUCCGGGCUGCGCAGCGAACCCGUGAGCCCUUGCCACUGAGCUACACCCCAGGUUCUUUUGUUUUUUUAAUUGUGAGGCAGGGCCUCGCGGAGGCGCCCUGGCUGCCCCUCGGGGACUGCGGGCCUGCACCACCUCCCCUGCACGCUGUUUUCCUGAGGUUGACUCUGCCGUCCGAUGCUGAAAGGAGGAACCCGUCUUCUUGCACCACUGGUUUCUCUUUAAACCCCCAAGAUCCCAUGUGCACGUUGGUUGUAUUUUCCAUGUGUUUAAACAAAUCGACUCCCCGGAUUCCUGCUCUGCUUUGGACGACAGCCCUUCAAGCUGCAUCCACGUCCAGUCUGCUGUUGUGGAAUUUGGUUCCCUGCCCUAGCUAUUAGGUUUCUCCCUGGUUCCUUAAAGCCUCAAGGCCUUCACCAUGGAUUUCCAGCAUCGACCUGGGGGGAAGACAGGGAGUGGGGGUGUGGCCUCCUCCUCUGAGAGCAACCGCGACCGCAGGGAGCGCCUCCGGCAGUUGGCUCUAGAGACCAUUGACAUUAACAAGGAUCCAUAUUUUAUGAAAAACCACCUGGGAUCGUAUGAAUGCAAGCUCUGCCUGACUCUGCACAACAAUGAGGGCAGCUACCUUGCGCAUACCCAGGGGAAGAAGCAUCAGACCAACUUGGCCCGGAGAGCAGCCAAGGAGGCCAAGGAGGCCCCUGCCCAGCCAGCGCCAGAGAAGGUCAAGGUGGAGGUGAAGAAGUUUGUGAAGAUUGGCCGCCCAGGCUACAAAGUGACCAAGCAGAGGGACACAGAGAUGGGCCAGCAGAGCCUCCUGUUCCAGAUCGACUACCCGGAGAUCGCCGAGGGCAUCAUGCCUCGCCACCGCUUCAUGUCUGCCUACGAGCAGAGGAUUGAGCCUCCGGACCGGCGCUGGCAGUACCUGCUGAUGGCUGCCGAGCCCUAUGAGACCAUCGCCUUCAAGGUACCCAGCCGGGAGAUCGACAAGGCUGAGGGCAAGUUCUGGACUCACUGGAACAGGGAGACCAAGCAGUUCUUCCUUCAGUUCCACUUUAAGAUGGAGAAGCCUCCGGCCCCACCCAGCCUCCCUGCAGGGCCUCCAGGGGUGAAGCGGCCUCCACCCCCGUUGAUGAAUGGUCUGCCUCCUCGGCCACCACUGCCAGAGUCCUUGCCCCCGCCUCCACCAGGAGGCCUGCCCCUGCCACCCAUGCCCCCCACUGGGCCUGCACCCUCGGGGCCCCCUGGGCCUCCCCAGCUGCCCCCACCAGCUCCUGGUGUCCAUCCUCCAGCACCAGUGGUCCACCCCCCUACAUCUGGAGUUCACCCCCCUGCUCCUGGGGUCCACCCUCCAGCUCCCGGGGUCCAUCCCCCGGCACCAGUGGUUCACCCACCAACAUCUGGGGUCCACCCCCCUGCUCCAGGGGUCCACCCCCCUGCUCCAGGGGUCCACCCCCCAGCCCCUGGGGUCCACCCCCCAGCCCCAGGGGUCCAUCCCCCAGCCCCAGGGGUCCACCCUCCCCCAACGGCUGGGGUUCACCCCCAGGCCCCAGGAGUACAUCCACCUGCUCCUGCAGUUCAUCCUCAGGCACCGGGGGUACACCCACCAGCCCCUGGGAUACAUCCCCAGGCACCAGGGGUCCACCCCCAGCCUCCUGGGGUUCAUCCUGCAGCUCCUGGGGUCCACCCUCAGCCUCCUGGAGUUCACCCGUCAAAUCCUGGGGUGCACCCCCCAGCUCCUAUGCCUCCGAUGUUGAGGCCUCCUCUCCCCUCGGAAGGUCCAGGGAACAUCCCUCCCCCUCCCCCAACCAACUGAAAAGCUGCCCCCCUUGUGUAUCUGGUGUCCCCUUUCUCCCUGCGUUCCCACAGGAAGGCGUCGUGAGCUUUUGUACUUACUGUUCCCGGAGCCCAUUAAACAGCUUCCCCGUG